AUGGGCUGGUUCGACGGACCCUCCUCAACCACCAAAUCCUCCUCGGGAGGCUACUAUGUCCGCCGCCGCGGUUCCCCAACCCGCAGCGCAAAAGGGCACUCCUCCUCUUCAUCCAGCCACAAGGGCUACAGUUCAACCCACCACGGCCGACACUCGGCCCCUUCAAUCUUCAGCCUCGGCCGCGCCACGACGGGUCGCUCGUCCAGUCCGUCCGUGUUCUCCUCAUUCUCUUCCUCGUCGCGCCGGGCCCGUCCACGCGAGGGCUUUGUCCAGCGCAUGAUUCACUCGAUCAAGAAGCUUUUCCGGGACAUUUACCGCUACGCACGUCGCCAUCCUGUGAAGGUGUUUUUGCUGGUUAUCUUGCCAUUGCUGACAAGUGGGGUGUUGCCUAAGUUGUUGGCAAUGAUUGGGUUGAGGUUGCCCCAUGGUGUGGCGAGCGCGCUUGGUGGUGCUGGGGCGGCGAGAGGUGGGAUGGGAGGGAUGGGAGGAAUGGGUGGAAUGGAAGGGAUUGGAGGUGCUGGGAAGGGAUUGUCUGAGAGUGUGAAUGGGUUGGUGAGUCUGGCCAAGAUGUUUGCUUGA